AUGCUCUGCAUUCGAUCUCGAGCACUCUCCUCCCUAUUCACGGGCCGACGAACCUUUGCAACGGUUGGCACUUCUCGCAUGCCUACCGCUGUCAACCCAUCCUUGUCUGAGAUUCGCAACCAGCGUCUUGAUGAGAGAAAUCUGGAGACUGCCGUCCGGGCUCUAUAUGAAGAUGGCCUUGUCGUCAUUGAAGAUGCCAUUCAACGUGAGAAGCUUGAUGCUUUAAACGAGAAAAUGGUCGAGGACACUAGAACUCUUCAGUCUCUUGGUGAUAAAAGCCCAUUCAAUUACAACAAGGGCAACUUGCAGCAAGAUGCCCCUCCGGUCGCCAAAUACUUCUUCCCAGAGGUUUUCACCAACCCCUUGGCCACUCAAGUCACCACAGCCGUCCUGGGGCCACGACCUAAGUGGACCUUUUGCUCAGCCAACUCAGCCGUAGGCAAAACUCCUGAUAUCGAACCUCAGCGACAGCCUGUACACUCGGACGCAGAUUUCGCCCAUCCACCUAACCCGUUCGCUCUGGUGGUCAACGUUCCUCUAGUCGCCACGAAACCCGAGAACGGCUCCACCGAGCUCUGGCUUGGAACACACACACCUUACGGGAUCGAAGCUCAGGAGGGCGCACACGGAGACCGCGCCAGCGGCCGGAUCCAAGAGCACCUUUUAAGGGAGAGGGAGAAGAUUUCGCCACCCAUACAACCAACAAUUAACAAGGGAAGUGUCAUUAUUCGUGACUUGAGAUUGUGGCACGCAGGAAUGCCUAACUACACCCCUGAAACGAGGGUCAUGCUGGCUAUGAUUCACUUUGCCCCAUGGUAUAGAAACCCCAUGAGAUUAGAACUAGCCGAGGAUGUGAGGCCCAUUAUUGAACAGCUAGAGCGAGAUGGAAAACUCGGAUUGCAAGUGCCCGUGGACUGGAAGCCUACCGAGGAGACUUUGAGGACGUAUUUGGGACGAGGAUUCGGAAACAGCUACGAUUUCAACCAGGCGGCCUGA